AUGCUGUUCCGCAAACGUAAACCUAAAAGUGACGAUGAAGUCAUAACUUUCGACGAACUUACCCGGUUUCCGAUCACUUUCUACAAGACCAUCGGCGAGGAUCUGUACUCCGACAGGGAUCCCAACGUGAUAAGGCGUUACCUGCUAAGGUUUUAUCUGGUGCUUGGGUUCCUCAACUUCAAUGCCUAUGUAGUGGGGGAAAUCGCGUACUUCAUAGUCCACAUCAUGUCGACGACUACUCUUUUGGAGGCCACUGCAGUGGCACCUUGCAUUGGCUUCAGCUUCAUGGCCGACUUUAAGCAGUUCGGGCUGACAGUGAAUAGAAAACGAUUGGUCAGGUUGCUCGAUGAUCUAAAGGAGAUCUUUCCCCUAGAUGUGGAGGCGCAGCGAAAGUAUAACGUAUCGUUCUACAGGACACACAUGAACAGGGUCAUGACCCUUUUCACCAUCCUCUGCAUGACGUACACCUCGUCAUUUAGCUUUUAUCCAGCCAUCAAGUCGACCAUUAAGUACUACCUCAUGGGCUCUGAGAUUUUUGAGCGCAACUACGGAUUCCACAUUUUGUUUCCCUACGAUGCAGAAACGGAUCUGACGGUCUACUGGUUUUCCUACUGGGGAUUGGCACAUUGCGCCUAUGUGGCCGGAGUUUCCUACGUCUGCGUGGAUCUCGUGCUGAUCGCAACCAUAACCCAGCUGACCAUGCACUUUAACUUUAUUGCGAAUGAUUUGGAGGCCUACGAAGGAGGCGAUCAUACGGAUGAAGAAAAUAUCAAAUACCUCCAAAACUUGGUGGUCUAUCAUGCCAGGGCUCUGGACCUUAGCGAGGAGGUUAACAACAUAUUUAGCUUUCUGAUCCUCUGGAACUUUAUUGCCGCCUCGCUGGUGAUUUGCUUCGCUGGCUUUCAGAUAACAGCCUCCAAUGUGGAGGACAUUGUGUUGUACUUCAUAUUUUUCUCGGCCUCGUUAGUUCAAGUUUUCGUGGUCUGUUACUAUGGCGAUGAAAUGAUUUCUUCAAGCUCUCGUAUUGGCCAUUCCGCCUUCAAUCAGAACUGGUUGCCGUGCAGCACCAAGUACAAACGCAUCCUGCAAUUUAUUAUCGCGCGCAGCCAGAAGCCCGCCUCUAUAAGACCGCCUACCUUUCCACCAAUAUCAUUUAAUACCUUUAUGAAGGUAAUCAGCAUGUCGUAUCAGUUUUUUGCACUGCUCCGCACCACUUAUUAUGGUUAAAGGAAGAUUACAUACAUAUAUAUGUACAUAUAUCACCAUAUUGAUAGCAGCAUUCAGGAAGGUUGACAAAUUAUAUGAUUCACCGAAUAUAAAAAAUACAUAU